UUGCAAGUAUGUGAGCGUCACAAAUGACGUUUGUUAUCAAUAUUAUCAGUGACAGAACCAAUAGAAAGAGUGCAGUGACAUUGACAUUGUUCAGUCUAAUGAAAUUUUUAACGAAGCACAUACAGUAAUUAACUUUUAAAAAAGAUUACGAUAAACAAAUAAAAAUAUUAAGACAUACAAGAAAACAUAAGAAAGCAAGAUGAGUGGUAUGGCAAUAAAAUUAUUAAAUCAGCUUAAAAGCAAAGAAUUUAGAGAAUAUUUAAUGAGCACCCAUUUUUGGGGGCCAGUAGCAAAUUGGGGAAUACCUUUAGCUGCUAUUGCUGAUACUAGAAAGGAUCCAAGCUUCAUUAGCGGUAAAAUGACGUUUGCUCUCUCAGUAUAUUCGCUGAUGUUCAUGAGAUUCGCGUGGAAGGUCCAGCCGCGUAAUCUUCUACUAUUCGCUUGCCACUUCACUAACGAAUGCGCACAGCUGACGCAAGGUGCUCGCUUCAUAAACUACUAUUACAUACAAGGUGCUGAGAAGAACGAGUCUAAGGAAACCAAGCCUUAAAUAUAGUAGACAAUUUUAUGUUUCAGAUAGUUAUAGGAUUUAUAGGUCAAAUAAUAUUGUUCAAGUGGCCACAGCGUUUGUAUAAUGUAUACGUAUCUGUGAUGUAUAAUACGUGUAUAAUUGUAUAAUUGCUCUAUUGAGGUUGUAACGAGAGUUAUUUGUAAUAGAGCUAAGCCAAGUAGCGAA